ACAACAUCUCAUGUAUAGUUCUUACUUAUAUAGACGACGUAGAUAUUCGUGAGUAACCUAGACGAUAGCUGGCGAUGGGAAAGACACCAUGGGUGUACAGUGGGGUGCAACACUGAUGCUGGCUGCACUGUUCGUGUGCCAUUUGCUUCAAUUCGCCACGGCCUACAGUACUUGCGACGAGUAUCGGGAUGCUGGGGAUACGUAUGACACAUGGUACGAGAUGGAAUCGGGUAUUAUUGUCUACUGCUCGAUGUCAAAAGUGUACAUGAAUUGUGAGGAGUUCCGCCAAGAUGGAUUUGUGGUGGAUGGUUUGUACUGGAUCGAUCCGGACGGCCCGGGACUGGAAGACGCAUUUUAUGCUUCACUGCACAAUGGCAACAGGACUCACAACAGUAUUCAACAACAUCCCCUCACACAGCGGUAUUCUAAUCUCCGGAGAUGACGCCCUCUACGACGCUCCUGGCGAGUACUCCAAGACGGUUACGUACGAUGGGACGACAGACCCCCAGCAACUGAAACCCCUCAUCGAAUCAUCAGUGAGCUGUGUUCAGUUUUUAUCCUUCGGUUGCCAAGGAGUCCAAAUGUGGAGCGAUGACGGGGUGCAGAUGGCCUGGUGGGUGUCACGUGACGGCGAGAAGAUGCCGUCGUGGGGCGGGGCACCGAGCGAUUUUGAAGGGUGCAGUUGUGGCUUGGGUUAUCUUAGUUCAAUUAGUAGCAGCAUGUGCCUCGGAGGUGGUAGGUGCAACUGCGAUGUCGACUGGGGCAUGACCCAGGUAGACGAAGGAAACAUCGCCGACAUGACCAAGCUACCGGUCAGAGAGGUUAGAAUCGGCGGGAUAACAUCCAACAGUCAACGGGUCAGGUUUAAGGUGGGCCCGCUAGAAUGCUCCGGUAUUGGUAAGAAUAGAUUCACUCGUCAACUAAACUCCACCAUUUCGACCAUUCUAUAACUCCACCAACACGACCAUUCUG